AUGGUUCGCUCCCAUGGCGUCACCCUCAUUAAUCGCCUUGCUCGUAGAUAUUUCCGUGAUGCCAACGACUCUGUUUAUCAAGCAGUGUUCCCAAGGAGUUAUAGGACAUUGAACGCUAGGCCUUGCCAUCCAUCUAGAGUUGUAGGUGGCGUUAAUUUGAAGAAAUCGUUGCUAUUGGGGUCGGCAAAUAAAUAUUGGGGGGCAUCUAGAUUAAUUCAUGGCUCGGCAUUAUUGGCAAGAGACUAUUAUGAUAUUCUUGGUGUGAGUAAGCAUGCAGGUUCUGCUGAAAUAAAGAAAGCUUACUAUGGGCUUGCAAAAAAGCUCCAUCCAGAUACAAACAAAGAUGAUCCUGAGGCUGAAAAGAAGUUUCAAGAAGUUUCGAUAGCAUAUGAAGUUUUAAAGGAUGAGGAAAGGCGACAACAGUAUGAUCAGCUUGGUCAUGAUGCUUACGUUAGCCAACAAAGCACCGGUUUCGGAGGCGAGGGUGGCUUCAAUCCGUUUGAGCAGAUAUUCCGUGAUCAUGAUUUUGUCAAGAGCUUCUUCCAUCAAAAUAUUGGUGGAGAGGAUGUGAAGACUUUUAUUGAGCUAUCUUUUAUGGAAGCUGUACAAGGGUGCACCAAAACAUUGACAUUUCAAACAGAUGUGCUUUGUAAUGAAUGUGGUGGGAGUGGUGUUCCUCCUGGUACAAGGCCUGAAACUUGUAAGCGAUGUAAAGGGUCAGGAGUGUUAUUUGUACAAUCCGGCAUAUUCAGAAUGGAGAGUACUUGUGGUAGCUGUAAGGGAACUGGAAAAAUUGUAUCGAAUUUCUGCAAGUCUUGCAGAGGUGCAAAGGUUGUCAAAGGAACAAAGUCGGUCAAGUUGGAUAUUAUGCCUGGGAUAGACACCAAUGAGACCAUAAAAGUUUUCAGAAGUGGGGGAGCAGAUCCUGAUGGAGAUCAUCAUGGCGAUCUUUAUGUUACUAUCAAGGUUAGAGACGACCCUGUUUUUCGCAGAGAAGGAUAUGAUAUUCACGUAGAUGCUGUUUUAAGUAUCACUCAGGCGAUUUUGGGGGGAACUAUUCAAGUCCCAACUCUUGCUGGAGAUGUUGUACUUAAGGUUAGGACCCAACCUGGUCAGAAAGUGGUUUUGAAAAAGAAAGGGAUCAAGACAAAAAAUUCUUAUACAUUUGGGGAUCAAUAUGUUCAUUUUAAUGUCAACAUCCCCACAAACCUGACGCAAAGACAACGAGAGUUGAUUGAAGAGUUUGCUAAGGAAGAGCAAGAGGAACUUGAUAAACGGAGAACUGCUUCAGCUUCUGGUUGA